UUGCUAGGUUGACUCAGUCGGUAACAGCUGUUGACAGGAGCGGUGUCGUUUAUAUGAAUUUACACACGCAUACAAUUGGCCCCCUUUUUGUAUUAAAAUCCUGUUUUUAAUGUUUUCUUUUUUAUAUGGAACACCGUUUUAGUAACAGUUUAGUAGCCUUUAUUUAAAAGGAAUGAGAAAACACAAGAGGAAGAAACAAGGAGGAUUUGGGGGCAGUGAGAAUGGAUGUGUCACAAGAGAAUCGGACUGUGGAAGGAAGCAUAAACUGACUGUCAUUCAUCAGGCUUUGAUAAGAGAUCCAGUGGACAUUGAGACCCUGAGGAGAGCUGCUGCCACUAAAGGAGGACUACUGACUGAUGAGCUAAGGAGAAAAGUGUGGCCUAAAUUACUGAACAUAAAUGUGUACGACCUACCACACAAACCAGGUCGAGAUGUGAGGGAGAACCACAAGGACUACAAUCAAGUUGUCAUGGAUGUCAGAAGGUCCAUGAAGCGAUUCCCUAAAGGUAUGCCAGCCGCAGAAAGAGCCGUGCUUCAGGAACAGCUGAUUGACAUCAUCCUGGAGGUUCUGAAACAUAACCCUCAACUCCACUAUUAUCAGGGCUACCAUGAUGUGGCUGUGACUCUGCUGUUGGUGGUUGGGGAGCGGAUGACCAUUGCCUUGUUGGAUAAAUUGUCCAAUGUCCAUCUCAGGGAUUUCAUGGAUGCAACCAUGGACAGCACCAAACACAUACUGAACUACCUAAUGCCCAUAUUGGAACAAGUUGAUGUUGAACUGCAUGACUUUAUGAACAGGGCAGAGGUAGGAACCAUCUUCGCCCUCUCCUGGCUCAUCACAUGGUACGGCCACGUCCUCUCAGACUUUAAACACACUCUGAGGCUCUAUGACUUCUUUCUGGCCUCCCAUCCACUUAUGCCCAUCUACCUUGCUGCUACGAUCGUGUUACACAGAGAGAAGGAGGUAAAGCAAACAGAGUGCGACAUGGCUAUGGUGCACCACCUGCUCUCCCAAAUCCCACAGAACCUCCCAUAUGAACUCCUUAUUGGCCAGGCCCAGGACCUGUUCGAACAGUACCCUCCAUCAUUACUGGCCAAACGGGCUGCAUUACAGUCUCGUAAGAGCCUGUCCAUAAGCAGCUUCCAGGCAUUUCAUCUCUCCACCCUCCACCAGAGGCCAGACUCUGUUCUCCAGCGCCUCACCAGGGCCCAGGACUCCACCACCUCCAGACAUGGCCUGGAAGCCUCCUUGCCUGCAGCUCAAGGCCAGUUAUGGAGGGAGAGGAACCGGAUGAUGAAGAUGGCGGUGUGGGGGCUGUCUGCUACGCUUGGAGCUGCAGUGUUCGCUGUGGCUCAGACCGCCAUGGACUGGGGGCCUGACUUUAUACUUCAGCUGUUCUAAUGGUGCCGGUAGAAAAGACACACAUUUGGAAACAUAACCAAACCUAAACAGAAAAAAAAAAAAGCUGACUGUGAUGACAAUGAGAUCGCGUCGAUUGAAGGAGGCGGUUUCUUGCUGCCAAACAGGAUUUAUUUUCCUUCUACAAGAAACAAGAAUGUGAGGAUUACUGGUUAGGUUUUCUGUAAGAAAGCAGGAUAUUUUUGUCAUUUCGCCAUUGUGUCAUAAAUCAAAUGUGGAGGAAAUCUAUAAACCAAAAAAAUGUUAUUGAAGCAUGGAUGAAGUAACAAAAAAGAAGUGACUAUAAAGACUUACAAAAAAAUCAAAGUGCUGCAAAAACAUCUGAACAUGCUGUAAUAUCUCACCAUAUUCUGCCUUUUCAGGCUUUUUCUUCAUACUAUGUUUUAUCCGUUUCAUUGAUUAACUUGUUUUCUGUCUGUCACAUCUGUUUUGUAUGUUUCAGUGAAGAGUCUCAGUGCCCUCGUUGGAUCCUCAGCUUUAUAUAUCAAAAAGCCAAAAGUGCCCAAAGCCAGCACCAUGACACACAAACACAAAUUAUUAAUAAGAGCUGGUUUUCUGCUGAAAGCCUCUAGUUAUGAGUGAAGGAGGAGGCUUAUCGCUAGUUCUUUUUUUCUUCUUUUUUUUUUUUGCCUGUAAGCCUUGUAAUAAUUGCUCCUCUCCAGGUGUCAGCGAGUAACAUUUACACUGGAGCUCAACACACAAAAAAAAAACCUUUAUGCCCCUCCCCGACAGUCCACCUUCAAAAGCAUAUGAUCAUUAGAAAUUUCCAAUAUUUUGGUACCAUUUUCCCUUUCUUUUCCCCCAGCUCAGGCAGACCACUGCUGCUGAAUGAUGGGAUGAUUCCACUAAUUAUGUGCUCUUAAAACAUUUAACAAGUUUGCACCAAAUUCCAUCCUGAUCUGCUGUCAGUAGAACAGGAAAUUUCCAAACUAUAUGUUCUAUUUUUGUAUGAAAAGAAAAAUAAAUCUUCCAAAACUG